AUGACAGCGGAGGUCCAAGGAUCCCACCGCGGCUUACACAAGGUGUCUCGCUGCGGGACUUUCACAUUUGUUUUGUUCUCACGGGCGCCAGUACCACAUCGUUUCCCUCCACCUAUUGUGUUAUUUAUAAAGACUUCUAGUGUAUAUGAAAGACUUAUAAAAGAUCUUUCCUUAAGAAAAUUCCCUCCGGUUCCUCCGCAUCUAACUGGCCAUAUUUCAAGAACCAGCACAGCCUCGUCCACGGUGGAAGCCCGCACGAAGGGACGCCCUCCCGAGGCUCCCCCGAAGUUCCAGUUCGUGACCACCAACAGCUCGCAGGCGACGCUGUACCUGGCGCAGUGGGGCGAUGGCGGCUGCCCCAUCUCCCACUUCAGCGUCCAGUAUCGCCGGGCCGGAACGUCUCACUGGACUACUGUGGGCAGCGAGAUUCCGCCGAGCCGAACAUAUGCCGUGGGCGGCCUGGACUCGGGGUGGAGCUACGAGCUGAGGGUGACCGCCCACAAUUCGGCCGGUGCCACGCCCUCACACUACACCGUCACCACACCUGGCCGCGGAGCAACAGCGGGUAUGGGCGUGAGUCCCGGCGGGGGCGUAUGGGGAGGCGCUGCCCCUGCUUCCCCAGUGUGGCGUGAUCCCAGGGUGUUAGUGCCUGCCGCUGUUUCUGCCCUGGCACUCCUCCUCACCAUCACUACCGUCUGCGUCUGCCUCAGGAAAAGACCGCCGAGUAGUCCUCGUCAGAAGGAGGUUCCUGAGGGCGUGACGUCUUCCGGGGAGGAGAAGACGGCUCUCCAGGCGCGGGAGGAUGUGUACACCACCGUCAGGAGACCCCCGCCCGCCCCCCCGCAGUCCACGCCGGAGCUCAGGGAUCACAAUGGUGAAUACAGCGAAGAAGACACCUACCCCUACGCCACCGCCACCUUCCAGCUCGGCGGAGGAAGCCCCCCGCCCCCCGCGCCGCCCUCGCCGCCCUCGCACUCACGCCCGCACUCCCGUAGUCAGAAAGGAUUCACCUCAUUGGUCUACCAGGCGCCCUCGCUACACGACGUGGACUCGCCCAACCUGAGCGAGCGCGAGUCCAGGCCGCCCAGAGGGUUUCCUUACGAAGGGUCGGAGACGGAAGAGUACGGCAGUGUUCUCGACGCCGCGGCCGAGUCUCGCGCGCCGCCGCCUCACCACCGCCGUCAGCGCCACCUUCGGACCAGGUCCCCCGCAACGUCCGGUUCCCCUAAGCUGCGGCGCCCGCUGCCGCAGCACCUCCACCAGCACACGCUGCGGCCGACACGACACCCGAGGAGUCCAGCUACGGCCCGACGGUACAGCGAGGGUGGCGCCUCCGGGAAAGACCAUACUAGCGACGCCGAGUGUGACCUGCGCUGGUGAGGAUGACCUCGUUUCCCCCUCCCGAGGACGCGCACCCGACUCGAGUCAUUCCACAGCCCGUCGAGGACGACUCUGAGCAGGAGCGUCUUCCGCUUGCUUCUUCCAGCGCCUGCUGCGGCGGGAAUCGCUCCAGGGCAUUUGCCGCACGUCGACUUGUUUACAUGUUGGCCUUUUGAUUCAUACGAC